AUGAAUUCUACUAAAAAUACACUUUACAAUCCUUUGGAUCGUUCUCAGAUUGAGUUUAUACCUAGCCAUUUUGAUGUUGUUACAGAUAGCUUAAUACCAAUCCAAGAAAGUUAUUCUAGCGACGUCUCAUCAAUUUCUGAUCGAUCCCAUUUAUCUGCUAAAGAGUUGAAUAUCACAGCCAGGAGAGGCUCGUUCACGAUAAGUGAUAUAAUUUCAAAUGGUGUGAGUAGAAUACAAUCUCAUGAUUCGUCUCUGGACGACGCAUACCAUUUGCAGCGCAUUUCGACUACUGAAUCACUGGGCUCCAGUGUUCUUGACCGUAUUAGGUAUAAAAUCGUUUUAAAAUUGAACCCAAAGGAAAAACAACUGGUGAGAGAAUCAUGGGAAAUGAUCCUAAACGAAGACGUUACUAGCAAGCAAUUGAAGCCAAAACCACAUACAGGUAAAACAUUUAAUGUGUCAAAUUUACUUCCUAUGAGCUCCAGUACUAGUGAAAAAAAUUCAGAGUCUGAUUCCAGUGUAGUCAGUGCAAGUCACGUACCUGAGCCAAAAGGAAACACAAUAAGUAGGACGUUUGCCAGCUCUUUAUUCUGUUCACAGUUCUAUGCCAAUUUGCUGUCUAUGGAUCCUGACUUAGAGAGAAUGUUUCCUUCGAUAAAGCAUCAAGCCACAGCUUUUGCAGGUGUUCUCAAUGCAGCAAUCUCGAAUCUAGAAAAUUUACGAGCAAUAGAGGGCUAUUUAAUUUCCUUGGGGAAAAGACAUGCUAGGAUUUUGGAUAUAGAACCUCCUCAUUUUGAACUAAUGGGAAUUGCAUUUUUAAAAACUUUACAGGACCGUUUUGGUGUUCAUUGCACAAUUGAGCUCGAAGAAGUGUGGUCAAGACUUUACUCGUACUUAGCAAACAGCAUAUUGCAGUUUGGCAUUGACCCGGUGUUGCAACUCAAUGUGGACAAAGAUGAAAUUAUUUUCCCUGUCCCUAACCUCGUCGAAGGGUCUGGCUCUACCAUAAGUCGACUGAACAGCAACGAUUCACAGGACGGAGCAAAAUCAUUACGAUCCAUUUUUUUAAGUAGAACUACGUCGGCACAUCAGAAAUCUCAUGACCCAAUCCAAAACAAGCCACGUCACCAGGCGCAGCUGCCGGAUCAUGCAAGCAUAAGUGGGGGCGCCCGAAAGAGAACACCAGGCUCUUCUAUGGCACCUUCAAGAAGUGGAACGGCAAGUAUUUCGUCGGCAAUACCUGUAAGGAGGCAACCACAUGCGGUAAGUCGUACCAAAGUUUCCGACUCAAAACCUGGACACAAGAAAGCUACCUCCAAAUUGAGUCUUUCCAGUAACGAAGAUUGUUGUAUUAUGUAA